AUGAAGCCUUCUGCCUUCAUAGGGAGUACAGGCCUGAUCCGAGUAGAGAAUUGGAUUUGGGAGAUCGAGAAGAUCUUGGCUAUUCUAUGUUGCAUAGAUGAGCAGAAGGUGCUCUAUGCGACGUUCAAGUUGAUUGGAGAAGCCGAGAGAUGGUGGGAAUCGGUGAAGCUGCUCGAGACACAGAGAUUAAUGUCGGUGGCGAUGACAUGGGGCCAUUUCAGAGAGGUGUUCUUUGAGCGGUAUUUUCUAGCCACGGUCAGGAAUGCGAAGAUGGAGGAGUUUAUGAUCCCGACUCAGGGGCAGCUAACGAUACAACAAUAUGCUGUCAGAUUCAUAGAGCUGUCUUGCUUUGCUCCGUUUAUGGUACCAGAUAAGGCGAGAAAAACUUGGAAGUUUGAGAGGGGUCUGAAGAAGGAGAUUCGGAAGUAG